AUGCGUGGUAGCUUGAGUCAGAAACUCCGGCCGGGGGUGCGGGUCCCGCUGCGGGGUGGAGCGGGGGCGGGCAGCAGGUCGGGAAUGACGCUGGGGCGGUCGUGGCGGCUGGCGGUGAGGACGGUCAGUUCCGUGGCUGAGCCCAGCGAGCGGCGCACCACGGACACAAAGGCACGGCCAGGGCUUCGCGUGGGACAGCGCAGGGUAGCGAGCCCAGAGCCGCCCGCAGGCGCCGAGAUGCCGCCAGCAGCGAGCCGCCGCCCCAGACCGUCCCCCGGACCCGUGGCUGCGGCGCCCCGCAUCCUGGUGCUAUUGCUGCUGCUGUCCUGCUGCGCGGGCAUCUGCCGAGGUGCUCCAAUAUCAUCUCAAGGAUUAUUGCCUGAACAAGAACUACGGUUGUGGAAUGAGAUCGAUGCUGCUUGUUCGUCUUUCCUAUCCUUUGGUUCUCAGCCUCAGGCAUACAGUGCAUUGGAGAAGCUUUGCUUCAUGAUUACGGGGACUCUGCCAAAGCCCCAGAAAACAGAUGAAAAAGAUAAUACCAAAAGGUUCUUAUUUCAUUAUUCAAAGAUGCGGAAGUUGGGCAAUUCAAAUGUGUCAUCUGUUGUGCAUCCGUUACUGCAGCUCGUUCCUCAACUGCAGGAGAGAAGAAUGAAGAGAUUCAGAGUGGACGAAGAAUUCCAAGGUCCUAUUGCAAGCCAAAGACGAAGAUACUUUUUAUUCAGGCCACGCAAUGGAAGAAGGUCAGAAGAUUACAUUUAAAAUGAUUACCAACUAUUUUCCACAGAAGCAAUGCCAUGGAAUACAAAAUAUGCUGACAUUUUGUUUUCUUUACAAAAACAAUCCUUGCUAAAUUUAAUAUGUUUGAGAAUCCCUGUGUUGUAAACAUUUUCAGUAAAAGUUGGUUGAGACUGUAAAUGUUCAAUUUGUUGAAAAUUUAAAAAGCAUCUUAAAAUAU